CUGCAGACGGGCAUGAGGCAUGCGUUCAACUUGUGAUUCGAUCGUGAUGCUGCUCCAUUCACAUUGUGAUUCGAAAUGCGACGGGGCAUGAAACGUCGUUCAUGAGUGUGGUGAUUGGGAUCAUCUUCUUCCAUCAUCAACCUCAUGCCGGCUACACAACCCCCACCCCUACCUCCCGCUCUCUCGUCCACAAAACAUUGCUUGCCCGCGAGCAUCGAGGCGAAAUGAAACUGUUCAGUGAUCUGGUCGGUGCUGCUACGAGCGCUUCUGGCAAUGCCAUUUCCGCAGCGCUGGUGCCGCUCAUCUGGGCCAGCUCGUACCUCCAAACAGACCCACUAGCAGUGGCGCAUUCCAUCCUCAAGACUACACCGCUCAUAGAUGGACACGUCGACUUGCCCGUAUUGUUCAGGUACAUUUACGGUGGAGAUUUGGCCAGUCCCAAAGUCGACUACAAGGGCGAGCUGCAGGGCUUUGUAGAUUUGCCAAGACUUCGUAAAGGCGGCAGUGGUGGCUUCUUCAGCAUCGCCUACGUGCCAUGCACCAAGAUUCCCGAAGGCGAAAGGGAAGACUUUAAUGCGCCAACUUGGCAAGUCAGAGACACGCUGGAGCAAAUCGAUCUGACCUGGUCCUUGGCAGAGUACUACCCCGAUGAUGUAGCCGUCGUAACGACGCCUCAGGAGCUUCGAUCGGCGUUCAAGAGCGGCAAGAUCAGUCACUUGAUAGGGAUCGAGGGUGCACAUAGUCUUGGCAAUAGUCUUUCCACCUUGCGAACGUAUCACAGACUAGGUGCGAGGUAUUUGACCCUCACGCAUACAUGCCACAAUGCAUUUGCGGAUUCGGCAGGAGCCACAGCAGGACAAGCUUUGCCGCCAUUGCAUGGAGGACUCAGCAAGAUCGGCUUCAGGCUCAUAGAUGAGCUCAACAGGCUAGGAAUGAUGGCGGAUCUAUCUCACACUUCCGACGACACGGCAAAGGAUGUGAUCAAGCACACCAAAGCGCCAUUCUUCUUUUCCCACAGCGGUGCCAGGGCCGUUCAUGAUCACAUUCGAAACGUGCCGGAUGUCUUGCUGGAUCAAGCACGGGACUCGGGCAAAGAUGGUAUCGUCAUGGUCGCAUUCUUGUACCCCUUUGUAGGACCCGAAGGGAACGCUGGCAUUUCCAAAGUGGCCGAUCACAUCGAUCACAUCGCCUCCAAGAUUGGUCGGUCCAAAUUGGGCAUCGGAAGCGAUUACGACGGCGGAUUCAAGUUCGCAGAUGGUUUGGAGGACGUGUCUACUUAUCCCAAAUUGGUAGCUGAACUGUUCAGCAGAGGUUGGAGCAGAAACGAGCUCAGAGGAUUGGUGGGCGAGAAUCUGAUCAGGGUGCUGGGAGAGACGAUACGUGUUGGCGAUGAGGUCAGAGCAAAGGGUGCUUUGCCUGACGUGGCCACAAUCGACGGUAGACCCGAUAAUGGACCAGGCAAACCGACGUUCGAUUCGGAGCCUUGCAAAAGGUCCAAUGCGGGUCUGGUGAAGUAAGACGAAGGAAGCGCCCUCCGCGGACCGAUUUGCCCAGCAGGACUGUACCUACUCGCGAACUUGCUCCUACCUCACCGUCGAUAGAUGCCACACGUUUGGUACAGCCCGGAAACAUCAAUCAUGAUCUAAAUUCAAAGC